AUGUCGCUCUUUGGUGCAAAACCCGCCGCGCCUGCGGCCACUCAGCCCCAAACCACGGGGUUUUCGUUUCCAAAUCAAAACAACACCCAACCCACCUCCGCCAAUACCACUGCAUCAAACACCUUGUUUUCCACACAGAAUAAUGUUGCGUCUGCAAACACAGCCUCUUCUUUUGCGUCUGCACCGCCCCCUGCAACGAAGCCUGGCCUUCCGUCGGAGAUAGCACCAAACUCAUCCUCCAACAAGAUCUUGAAGGACUUGUUGGAUUCGGCCAACAACUUGCCGCGCUUGAACCACGGGAACUUGGGUCUGAUCCAUCUUCCAUUGAACGAGUUGCAAAGGGAAACACAGCAGUUGCGCAAGAAGGACGACACCACCCAUUCCAACUUCACAAACGCUCACUACUUGUUGUCUGCCAGCGGCGUCAAUGCCACUGACAUCGAGAACCAGUUGAAGAAUCUCUCCAACAACAAGUCGCUUGGAAGAUACGGCAGCGAGCAGGAAGUGGCGGCCGCUUUGAGUCACCAGGGGAAUGAUCUCGACACCAUCGAGAACUAUUUGGUGGCUAAGAAGGACGAAAGCAUAUUGGCUGCCAUUGAGCAGUCAUUGCAGACUGCAUCGAGAGACUUUGAUCAGUUCAUUAACCAAAACAUAUCGAUCGAUUGGAAAGUGCGUAAAGAUGAUUUGAAAAGAUCGUUGGGCAUACCAACUAACGGAAAGAUCACUAGUGAGGAGCUUUCCAAGUCUUUCACAUGGAACAAGUCCUUGCCAGGUAAUUACAAGAUUCUCGCGCCAUUGAGUGGAACUGCGCCAUCUUCCGUGCGCCAAUUCAGUCGCGAGCGCUUCGAGAGCAAUGCCCGUGUAGUUUAUCACUUAAACGAGUCUAGAAUGCAAAACAAACUGUUUCCUGUCUGUCUCAGCUUCGAGGAACUCAGCAAAUCUUCGGUCGACCUCAAGUCGAAACAACUAGGCGAGAUUUGGAGAAUUCUUGCUGAAUUGACUAAUGAGAAGUUCGCCAAGACGUCCCAGGAACAGCUCUUUUUUGAGGACUACCAGGUGAAAGAAAACAGCAUCAACACGAAGAAAAAAAUCGUACAAAACUCCAGAACCUACUUGGAGCAACAAUUCUUCAACUACAUGGAUGAGAUCUACACGAAGGACGAGAAGAAGUCUCCAGCAUAUCUCCCCGCAACAAAUGUCAACAAGGUCUCUUACUUCAUCGAUCAAGUUAUCACAAAGAACAACGGCCCCGAGCUUAUGAGCACCACUUUGAACUUCAAUGGUGUACCUAUAUGGGCCCUUUUGUAUUAUCUCCUCAGAAGUGGUCUUUACGAAGAUGCCAUUGCACUCAUGAACACUAACAAAGAUGCAUUUGAUAAAUUCGAUCGCAAUUUCCCUAUAUACUUGAGUCAAUUUGUUAAAGGCGGCUCGAUUGGUUUAUCAUCGGAGCUUCAAGAGCGCAUAUCAAGCGACUAUGGCCAAACUUUCCAAUUUCUCACUGAAGAUACACCAGGCUUUGACCCUUUCAAAUACGCUGUCUACAAAGUGAUCGGAAAGUGUGAUUUGGCAAGAAAAUCACUUCCCUCUGCAUUGAACUUGAGUGUCGAGGACUGGCUCUGGUUCCACUUGCUGUUAAUUAAUGAGUUCAACCCAGAUAGCUCUUCCAGCUUGCUCUUCGAGAACUACACGUUAGAGAAUUUGCAACGCAAGGUGAUCUCCUUAGGCCCCAGCAAAUUCAAUGCCUCAUCCAACAACCCGCUGUACGCGAAGACGCUUACAUUGAUUGGAUUGUACGAAAACAUUGUUCAGUAUGUUUUUGAAGCUGUGAACGAAAGCGAAGCGGUCCAUCUUGCUAUUGCCUUAUGCUACUACGGUUUGCUAAGAACUACUAGCACUCACAGAGAUGACUUGAUUUCAGUAAACCACAAAGAUCAAUUAGAGAUUAACUUCAGCAGACUUCUUGGGUCCUUCAGUCGCUCGUUCAAAAUCAGUGACCCCAAAGUUGCAGCUCAAUACCUCAUUCUUAUCUGUAUGAGCAAAGGCGGCAAGUCGAAUGAAGAGGCAGCAAAAUGUCAUGAAGCCCUUCGAGAGCUCAUCUUGAUUUCCCGAGAAUUUGGUCUUUUGUUGGGUGAGUUGAAUGCCGACACGGGAGAAAUUGAGGCUGGUAUUUUAGAGAAGCAAAGAGCUCUCAUGAACUUGCCCGAUGUGCACAACUUCUACCGCCAAAUCACGCAAAUCAGUGCCUCUCGCUGUGAGGAAGAGGGCCGCAUUUUCGACGCUGUGCGUCUUUUCCAACUCUGUCAAGAGUAUAAUACGGUGGUUGCAUUGAUCAACAAGUUUUUGAGUGAGAUUUUGGCGAUGACCGAGUUAGACAAACCACUCCUUGUUCAUGAUACCUACAAAACCACCUCCGGAGAGAUUCGUCCCUCUGAGACAAUCGAGAAUAACUUCAUCCUUCUCAACAGACAUAUUAUGAAGGUAUUCGGAAACAACAGCAGCAUCUUGCAGAAGAUUCUGCCAAAGGAGAAGGAAAUCAAUGGAUAUCUUCUGCCUAUCGUUGACAUUCGCGAGCAAUUCGUGCGCAAAGAAUGGCAGGCUACACUUGACUCCGUUAAAAACUUGGGCUUGGUUCCAGUGGUGGAGACUGACGAUGUGGUGCUGAUCAGGAACGCAGCUGAGGCUCUCAGCAACUAUGACGUGAAUCUUGUCAAGGUUGUACCCUCUCUUCUCUUCAUCGUCAUGACCUGUGUGCUGCAACUUCAUUACGCUCUCGUGACCAAGAAGUUUGGGUUGGGCGGGCGUGAAAGACAGGAGGACGAAAGAUUGAAGUUGGUCGCAAAGAACUGUAUGGUUUACGCUGGUAUGCUACAAUACAGAAUGCCCAGGGAGACGUAUAGUCUCUUGGUGAACUUGGAGUCACAGCUCCAAUAG